AUGGCGAAACUACUCAGCUGUGGAAGGCCGGCCAUGGCAAGGAAGAGGCGGCCGGGUGCUUGCGAUACUUGCGGUCGUGGCGCUGGGACUCAGGCAAAGCCAAUCUCGGGCACGUCGGCGGCUUCAUCCUCGGGCAUAGGGCGGCGGAAGGUGUUCGAGCCGCAUUUGGAUCAGGCCACAGUGGAUGCAGGCCUCGCCUCAGGAGUGUUUCUUAGCGGCACACUCCGAGUGAGCGGCUCCAAAUUAAGUAUGGCCUGGGUGCGCGUUGAGGGCAAGGAUCGCGAGUUCAUUGUGCGAGGUUCCAAAAACCGGAACCGGGCGGUGCAUGGAGACGUGGUCAUCGUGCAGCCUGUUCUGCUGGGACGGACAGAGGACUCCUCCUCAGACGAGGAGCCACCUAAGGCGGCCAUCAACGACUCCGACUCCGAGGAGGAGGUGGUGUUUGCCAAGCCUCACCUGGCAGGUGGCAAAGCCGAGCCCAGCUCCAGCAAAGCGGCAGCGGAGCCGGAUGUGCAGAUGGCCAAGGUGGUUGCCAUCGGGCAGAAGAAGGGGCAGGGAAGGGCCAUAGUUUGCACCCUGCACCCGGACAGGCACAAGAAGGAAGCAGAUCCUCGAGUGCUCAAGGAGGACACUUGGAUUCAGGCUAUCCCGACAGACAAGCGGCUUCCCACCAUGCUCCUGCAGAUCAACCAGGUCACUUCCAAGGCCCUCAAGAUACCGGGGAAGCUCGAUCCCUUCCAGUUGUGGCCUUUGCAAGUCGCAAAGUGGGAUGAGUUCUCAAAGCAUCCCCUGGCGAAGCUGCAUGGCCAGUGCUUGGGCAGGGCCGGGAGUCUGGAGGCAGAAGAGAGGCACGCGCUACUUGCCAACGAGCUGGAUGACCAUGAUGUGGACUUUCCUGACGAGGAGCUGAAUGAGGUAGAUGAGAUCGUGAAGAAGGCGAGGGAAAGCUUCGAGGAGGAGGCAAAGCAAAGGAUGGAUCUCCGGCAUAUGCGCAUCUUCACCAUCGACCCUGCAACUGCGAAGGACUUGGAUGAUGCUAUCCAUGUUGACGACUUGCCCGCGAAGAAUCAAAUUGAGGUUGGUGUCCACAUCGCUGAUGUUGGGCAUUUCCUGAAGCUGGGCACCGUCACGGACUCCGAGGCUCAGCGUCGGUCUACUUCAGUCUACCUCAUCGGCCGCGUGCUGCCGAUGUUGCCCCACGGCCUUUGCAAUCAUCUUUGCUCGCUGAAUCCGAACGAGCCCAAGCUCUCCUUCUCGGCCUUCUUCCGACUUUGCAAGAGGACUGGCCAGCUGAUCCAGGAUCCACCGCCUUGGUUUGCCAAGACCACCAUUUGCUCCCAAUGCCGCUUGAACUAUGACCAGGCGCAAGAAGUCAUCGACGACACGGAGAUUCCGGAGGAGAAGCGUCCGCCAGUGCACAACGACUUCACAUGGCAGCAGAUCAAAGAUGAUAUCAAGUUGCUCUAUGACGUGUGUGGGAAGGUCCGCUCGGGACGUCUGAAUGGAGGGGCAUUGACCAUCAGCAAGACGAAAAUGAUCUUUCACACCAUGGACAGUGAGGACGGGAUCCCCACUGGCUACCACUUGGAGUCCCACAGCGCCUCGCAUUGGGUGAUUGAGGAGUUGAUGUUGUUGGCCAACCGCUGCGUGGCCACUCGCCUCGCUCACUCAGAGCUCUCCGAUGUGGCGGUGCUGCGAAACCACAAACCUCCAGACAGGAAGAAGGCUGAGACGCUGCAAAAGCUCAUGCGCGAGCGGCUCGGCAUCAAGGACUUUGACAUGAGCUCCGCCAACGCCAUCUAUCGUUCCUGCCAGGCCAUCUACGAAACCCACGGCCACAUGCUAGGCCUUUGCGUCGAGAUGAUGAUUAUGAGAGCCGGAAUGCAGCAGGCUCAGUAUUUCGUCUACGGCACAGAGGAGGAGGGGGAGGAGGAGCAAUGCCCUCACCACUUCGCCUUGAACUUUGAUUACUACACCCACUUCACCUCGCCGAUUCGGCGAUAUCCCGAUGUCAUGGUGCAUCGCGUGCUUUGUGCUCUCCUGGACCGUCAGCUUGAACCAGGAGAGGGAGCAGACGGCGAAGAGGGCCCGGCCUUCUUCCAGACCCGGGAGGAUGCCAAGUUGAGGGUAACGGUUUGCAAUGACAAGAAGCUCAACUCGAGAAGGUGCCAGGAGCAGCUGGACAGAGCGGUGUUUUGCAUUUUCCUGCGAUCCAGAAAGUCGUGGUUCUACACGGUGGGGACAGUCCUGGCCUUGAACCGCUCCGCCAAGGACGGCGGCAUCUCGGUCUACUGCUCCCAAUUGGGUAGGGAAAGCAAAGUUGCCCUUCGCUCCGCCGAAGAGGAAAACCCAGUCGAGUUGUUCAUGAACGGCGUUGACGAUCAGCUGAUGAUGCCGGACAGCUGGGAAUGGCAAGGUAGAGGUGCGGUGCAGCUCACUUGGCAAUCUCCAGAAGGCGAAUCUCAGAUCCAGACGCUUCAAAUGCUGUCCUGCGUGCCGAUCGUCAUAAUUCCUACCAACAGCGUGCCUAUCGACUACGCCUUGUUCUUCGUUUCACCGUUCCACAAAAAGUUCCAAGAGGUGAAGGAUGGCAUCAACGUGACGGAGAACGACGGUUUCUCCUGGAUAGAGGAGGAUGAAGAGGGUGUGGAUACUUGCUACGAUGGCCAAGAGCAAGGUUGA